AUGUCAGGCUUCCACCGCAUUGCCUCCAUGUUGGUGGCAGAGUUUGAACACCACAACCCCCAGCUUCUCAAGAAGCUGCAGGUGGUGGAGUUCAACCAGGCGAUCAAGGAGCCGCUGCUGAGACGCGGAAUCAAGUUUACUUACGGUGACUUCUCAAGCGCGGAUGUUCUGGAGCACUGCUUCCAUGGAGAGCCAAAGAUCAUCAUCUCUACGACACCGGACACGAUGCUUCAGGGCACCACCAACAUGCGCAUCCUCCAGGUGGUGCAGGGGGUCUGGCCGAAAGCACACGUCAUCGUGACGGCAGACAAUCCUCGCCAGGCUGCGGAGCUUUACGAAUGCGGCGCCCAUUACGUGCUGCGCUCGGCCAAGCUUUGUGCAGAACGUCUCUUCGAGCUCCUCAACAAAUACGAGACGGACGCUGGGAUGUCCGAUCUCAAGCGUCGCUUCGACAGGUACAAGCGACGGGAGAACGACGAGCGGCGAAGCUUUGUUGGGGUUGGCGUAUAG